CAGGAAGAUAUAAACAUUUCUAUUGCAGUUUGUUAAUAACCGCAUGCAAACAGCUACUUUAGUGAAUGGAUUCUAGAUAAACUUUACCAAUAUGGCAGGAGCUAUGUUGGUCCAACAAAUGCCAAGACAUACAUGUACGAUUUCACGAUCAGAGGACCUUAAUGUACGCAGAAGAUAUGGACUGGUUGAACAAGACACUGGAGAAUUUUUUGAUGGUACAACAGAGUCAAGGAAAGCACAGUCUGAGAACCUAUAUGAACAAAGAAGGCGCGGAUAUGCAGAACAGGACACUUCAGAAGCAGUACCAAUAGAACCUAUUCAGCAUCGGUUUUACAAACCAGAGCAAUUCCCACGUUUUCAAUAUAUUUAUAACCAAAUUAUGGAUUGCAAAUCUCGUAUUGAAAAGGCGGGAAUCGGAAGAAUUCAGACACAUCAAAUGUCUGAAAACGUCAAUAUCAAAAUUGGUACUAUAGGCGACUUCACAGAUAAAAAGUGUAACCUCAUAUCGAAGAGAAAAGGGAGAAAAACUACUCCAAACGGCACAACAAUUUGGGAGGCACAACCACUUGUUUGCUUCUCGGAAUCAUUGAAAGAUGACUUGUGUCUUCAACAUGCAUGCCAUAAGAUACUUAUCAAGUCAGGUACCUUAAGUGAUACAGACCAAACUGAUGAUUCAGUUAUCAUCGUUGGCCACAACAAAGAGCAAAUCAAAAAUGCAAUCACCACAUGUUUGGAAGAACCGCUUCAUCAAAUGUUACAAAAAUGGUUAGAAGUUUUAAAAAAUGAGCCUUCAAAUGAUACUACAUCAGAACUUUUUGCUGAAAUAGAGGCUAUAGGUAAACAGAUGGAGUUUAUCAACAGAAAAUACACAACUCCAAAUCUGAAUUCAAAAUCUUUAGUUCCAGACGACGUGAAAGAAUACCUUUUUCGGAUGCCUGGUGUACAUUCGUUUGGAAUUUGGGGGAGUUCAUCGUUCAAAAUUUUUGUAAAUAAGUCUGAUGAGAAAAGUUUGUGGGAUGACUUGACAAAGAAGAAUCCUACUUUUUUCAACAAAUAUAAAAUAGAAAUAGAAAAUCGGAAACUUCAAGACAAACUUACACAUCUGAUGCAGGGCGAUGAAAUUCAAGCGAAGAUACCAAAUGAUGAUCAAAAAUGUCACACAGGUACACUUGGCGGAAUUGUCACAAAGGCUAACGACAAAAGUAGGAAAUUUGCAUUGACAUGUAACCAUUUAUUUCCGAUAGUGGGCGAACGUGCAUACAACGAAAACCUUGAGGACAUAGGAGCCUGCUUGUUUACUACAAACAAAAAUUCUUGUGAUUUCGCUGCCAUUGAAAUUGAAAAGUCGUUCUCAGAAAAAUGCGAUGAAACCUUUCAAAAUGAAGACAGGAAAAUCAUCAAUGCACGAGUAUUUUCAGAAAGUUUAACAAAUGUGGGUAUCGUUCAUAAAAUAGGAGCCGCCACAAAGGUGACAAAGGGAAGAGUUCUUAGUUCCGAAUAUUAUGACAAGCUAUUUGACGAUAACAAUAGAGAGCAUGUUUUUCUUGUAAAAGGAAUUCCAGGAAAUUUUUCUAAGGAAGGUGAUAGUGGAUCACUUGUUUUUACCAGAUCGAAUGAUGCGCGACAAACCUGCGUAGAUGUUUUGGGUAUGGUAUAUGGCAAUAAAGUCACAGUGUAUGAUGAUGAUGAUGAUGAUGAUGAUGAUGUUAAGCGAAAAAGUAAAAAUAAGGAUGAUCACGAAAGUUCAAACACGUCUCCUUCAAGCAAAGGUGAUAAUGCAGCCUCAAAUGUCAACGAAAGCGAAAAUAUUUCUAGCUGUUACCGAAUUCAUACUGCUCUUGAACUAUUCAAACAGAACCAACGCGAAGAAUUAAAGUUAAAAGACGAUUUGUUGUUAUCAUCGCCAGAAACGUCUGAAUCUGAUGAUUGCAACGAAGAAACACCUCAAUAAUAUAUGGAAAACUUCAUUCCUUACCAUAAAAGAAAGCAUUAUUUAUUCGAGAAUUGUUUUGAAAUGGUUUGAAGUUUAGUUAGAUAUUACAGUCGAAUGCAGAUUGUUCUUAUCAAAAUUACCAAAAACAUCUAAGAAGGUUGGCACCUGAAAUACUAGUAAUGUCAAUCAUCCAACAACACCUCGGAUAAAAAGACGGAGACAUGAGAUUUUCAAUUUUUUAAUUUGCCACCUAUGUCACAUUCCUUUUCUUUUUUGAAAUAUGAGGACAUAGGAGCCUGCUCUUUAACAAUGGACAAUAAUUCUUGCGAUUUUGCUGCCAUUGAAAUUGAAAAGUCGUUCUCAGAAAAUUGCGAUGAAACCUUUCAAAAGGAAGACAGGAAAAUCAUCAAUGCACGAGUAUUUUCAGAAAGUCUAACAAAUAUGGGUACGCGGGUAUGAUAAUGCAACUCUCAGAGAUAAAAUUCCUCUGAUCGAUAUGACGUCACAAUAAGCAGAAUGAUGUCAUAUUUUAAUCAGAAUCAUGUCAAAUUUUACUUCACCUCUGGUUUUAAUGAUAAAAACUACCGGCGUAAAAUUUUGCUAGAUACCCUUCUAACUGAAUAUAUUUUCGAUUUCUCUGUAUUAAGUAUAAUUAUCAUUGAUGACGUCACAUGCAUGUUUAAUAGAGAAGAUCAAUGUCGAGAGACAAAUUAUCGGAAUGCAUGUAAACAAUGCCGAUAUCAGACUUAUUCCAUACCGAUACACAAGAUUUAGAUAAAUGUCAGUUGGGAUAUAAUCAAGAUAAUUCGGGCAUGGAUAUUUUGUUUUAUUAGCGAGUGUUAUAAGGUAAGCAGAUAAACAUUUCUGUGACUUGACCGGCAUUUUCUCUGUAAGUGUUUACAAAAAAAUCAAAAGUGUAACACUAUACACAAUAUUAUGAAUGUUGAAUUUGAUAAAUAUCAAAAGCAUAUGACCUUUACUACUUGAAAAGUGCUGCUAGAAUCCUGUGCUUCGUUGUUGUAAAUAUGAAAUACGUAGUAUUUUCAAUGAAAUUGAAGAGGUCAAAGGGGUUUCCGAUAAAUAAUGACACUAUUUAUUUUAUGCGAUUAACGAUAGGAUUCUAGCAGUUAUUCUUAUAAACAUGAACAAAUUAAUGAUGGAAUUAUUGUAUAAUACAUACAAAUGAACUUCGGGGUAGUGUUACACUUUUUGAUUUUUUAUUAAGGUAAAAACGUUAUCUAUUUAAAACUGUCACGUGAUACCAUGGCACGGCAGCUUUUAAGAUUAACUUACUUCCGAAAUAGAAAAACAAUAUCAUUGCGAACACAUUCACUUGAUAUGAAUAUUCAGCACUGUUUUCUUAACCUUGCCUUAACCGACCCGCGUAUCGUUCAUAAAAUAGGAGCCGCCACAAAGGUGACAAAGGGAAGAGUUCUUAGUUCCGAAUAUUAUGACAAGUUAUUUGACGAUAACAAUAGAGAACAUGUUUUUCUUGUAAAAGGAAUUCCAGGAAAUUUUUCUAAGGAGCAUGAUAGUGGAUCACUUGUUUUUACUAGAUCGAAGGAUGCACAACAGACCUGCGUAGAUGUCUUGGGUAUGGUAUAUGGCAAUAAAGUCACAGUGUAUGAUGAUUAUGAUGAUGAUGUUGAGCGAAAAAGUAAAAAUAAGGAUGAUAACGAAAGUUCAAACACGUCUCCUUCAAGCAAAAGUGAUAAUGCAGCCUCAAAUGUCAACGAAAGCGACAAUAUUUCUAGCUGUUACCGAAUUCAUACUGCUCUUGAACUAUUCAAACAGAACCAACGCGAAGAAUUAAAGUUCAAAGACAAUUUGUUGUUAUCAUCGCCGGAAACGUCCGAAUCUGAUGAUUGCAACGAAGAAACACCUCAAAAAUAAAAGGAAAACUUCAUUCCUUACCAUAAAAGAAAGCAUUAUUUAUUCGAGAAUUGUUUUGAAAUGGUUAAAGUUUAGUUAGAUAUUACAGUUGAAUGCAUAUUGUACUUAUCAAAAUUACCAAAAACAUUUAAGGAGGUUGGCACCUGAAAUACUAGCAAUGUCAAUCAUCCAACAACACCUCGGAUAAAAAGACGGAGACAUGAGAUUUUCAAUUAUUUAAUUUGCCACCUAUGUCACAUUCCAUUUCUUUUUUGAAAUAUGAGGACAUAGGAGCCUGCUCUUUAACAAUGGACCAAAAUUCUUGUGAUUUUGCUGCCAUUGAAAUUGAAAAGUCGUUCUCAGAAAAUUGCGAUGAAACCUUUCAAAAGGAAGACAGGAAUAUCAUCAAUGCACGAGUAUUUUCAGAAAGUCUAACAAAUAUGGGUACGCGGGUAUGAUAAGGCAACUCUCAGAGUUAAAACUCCUCUGAUCGAUAUGACGUCAUAAUAAGCAGAAUGAUGUCAUAUUUUAAUCAGAAUCAUGUCAAUUUUUACUUUAUCUCUGGUUUUAAUCAUAAAAACUACCAAAAAAACUAUCAAAAUUACCAAAAACAUUUAAGGAGGUUGGCACAUGAAAUACUAGCAAUGUCAAUCAUCCAACAACACCUCGGAUAAAAAGACGGAGACAUGAGAUUUUCAAUUAUAUAUUUUGCCACCUAUGUCACAUUCCAUUUCUUUUUUGAAAU